UGGGCGCUCCUGCAGUCUCACUCCGGACCAGCAGGGGCGCACUUCUGCACCUCUAACUCAUGAAAUCAACACACCGUCUGCACACGUGUUUCUGGACUUUAGAGGAUUUUUUUUUGUAAUUAAAACAAACCGAACCGAAACAUGCCGAAAAGAGCGAAGACCGGAUCAGCGGGUGGGAUGGAAACAGCAGGUCAGACUGAGGAGAACCGGCUAAACUCCUCAGAAACUCCUCAAUCAGACAGCACAGAGAAACCCAGUCAAGAAUCCUCAACACUUCCACACUCACAUGGGGGUAAAACCAUGAUCCCUCUCGGAAAACCCAAAUCCGGCCGAGUGUGGAAGGAUCGCAACAAACAGAGAUUUUCGGCUCUCCUGCGAGACAAACCUCUGCGCAGCUCCUGGCAGAAGAAGAUGGAAGCCAAGCGGGAGAAGGAGCUGGUGAAGCAGUUCCACCAGCGAAUCAAAGAUGAUAGCGCUCGGGAGAAAGAGGAGAAGAGGAAGAGGAGGGAGGAAAACCUGAAGAGACGAGCGGAAAACGAGAGGAAAGCAGAAAUCGUACAAGUGAUUCGUAACACGUCCAAACUGAAGAGGAUGAAGAAGAAGCAGCUGAGGAAGAUCGAGAAGAGAGACACGCUGUCACUGCUGCAGAAGGAUCCUCCGGCCGUUAAAAAAGCCCCGAAAAGCGAAUAAAGAGCUCGUAGUGCCACGGGACUGUUCAGAAUUAAAUAGACACGUUUUUUUUUUUUUUUAGUUCUUUGUGGCUGGUUCGUAAAGCCUGCAGAUAUCUUACAGUACCGAUCAGUACCAAAAGUAUGUAGACACCCCCUUAAGGAUUCAAUUUAGUCGUUUGUGCUACACCAGACUCUAUUAACUGAAUAGGCACAAAUUCCCAUAGUAGAAAGGCUUCCCUGAAGAGUGGAUGAUAUUAAAGCUACAUAGGACAGAGGGAGCGAUUUAAAAUAAAUACAUGCUCGUGGUUUUAAAACUGAACGGUCAGGUGACCCAAAGCAAUAGAUAUUAGCAGGGGUGUCCACAUACUUUUGGCCAUUCAGUGUAGCUGAAACAGGUCACUGUACACCCACUUUAACAUUUACAUUUGCAGCAUUUAGCGGACGCUUUUUAACCAAAGCGACUUACAAUUACGAUUGAGCCGCACAUAACGAAUCCUCCAACAGUGCCGAACAUCGAGUCGAAAACGUCCUCUGAUUUUUUUUUAUUUCAAUUCAUAACAUCAGCUGAUUUUGCCUGGUCAGGGUUACAGUGGGUCCAGGUCCACACUCGUCCACCAAAUGAUGUCUGUUUACAGGCCUUACUUAGAUCUUCAUCCACACAUACAUCCAUCCAGGAUUUACUCCAUGACUUGCGGCUUCGUGAGGCUUGUGAUGUGCAAAGUUAGGGGGGGAUUGUGAGGUUGUGUGGGGGAUUUUGGGGGCUGCUCUACUUUCACAUGAAGCCACUUAAAAAAAAAAGCAGCACAUUUUAUCGUUACUGGAACCGAGGCACAGUCGCCUCUUUGAAACUCUGAUAUGUGAGAUUUAUAGGCAGCACGAGGCAACUAACAAAGUACUGAUUAUCGGAGCUCUUGGAGAUUGGCUAUAAUGAACAUACCAGUCUUAUUCGGGGGUUAAAGUUGGGGGUGUCAUGUGAUCAAGCUCACUUUUGACAUUUCUGUUUCUGUUAUUUACCUGUCUACAGUAAAUAUGUUCAUCAUUAUGAAAGAUUGUAAUAAAGUGACAUAUUUAACUCUG